AUGCAACACGCCUUCUCGCACCAGAGUCCCUACCACCAGCCCGAGUGGCAGCAGCACCACCAGCACGCCGCACACAACCAAUAUGCCGCCCAGACCCAAGCCGCGGCGGCGGCUAACGCUGUCGCGCAACAGCAGCAACAGCAGCACUACGGUCGCGCCAUGAGCGCUGCGGGGCAGAACGGAGGCAAUGCUGCCAGUCUGAACAAUACCAGUAACGGCACUGCUAAUGGCAUGAACUCAGCGGGACCACUUGGUGCUAUUUCCGCUGCUGGAGAGCACGGCGGUGCAAGUAUGAUGGGCGCGGCAGAUGGCGCCAACGAAGACAACAGGAGGGUCUUGGAGUGGAUCGCACAAGUCCUGAACGUUAACACCCGGGAGGCUGCGCUUCUCGAACUCAGCAAGAAGAGAGAGCAGGUGCCUGAACUGGCGCUCAUAUUGUGGCACUCGUUCGGCGUCAUGACGUCUCUUCUGCAGGAGAUCAUUUCAGUCUACCCGCUGCUGAACCCGUCUCAACUCACGGCGGCGGCUUCCAACCGAGUCUGCAACGCGCUCGCGCUUCUGCAAUGCGUCGCUUCGCAUGGCGAGACCAGAGGGUUGUUCUUGAACGCCCACAUCCCACUAUUCCUAUACCCAUUUCUCAACACGACAUCAAAAUCCCGACCUUUUGAGUAUCUGCGCCUGACGUCUCUUGGCGUUAUCGGAGCCCUGGUCAAGAACGACAGCUCCGAUGUGAUCAACUUCCUCCUCACGACCGAGAUUAUUCCUCUUUGCCUUCGUAUCAUGGAGACCGGAUCAGAACUCAGCAAGACGGUCGCUAUCUUCAUCGUCCAGAAGAUUCUGCUCGACGAUAUGGGUCUUCAGUACAUUUGCCAGACUUACGAGCGCUUCUACGCUGUUGGCACGGUGUUGUCUAAUAUGGUCACACAGCUGGUAGACCAACAGACAGUUCGCCUCCUGAAGCACGUUGUUAGGUGCUUCUUGCGCCUCUCCGACAACGCUCGUGCCCGGGAAGCCCUGCGGCAAUGCCUGCCAGAGCCGCUCCGCGAUGCCACUUUCUCUCCGGUCUUGCGGGAUGAUGCCGCAACUAAGCGUUGUCUGGCACAGCUUCUUCUGGCCCUCUCAGACCAAGCUGAACCAGGCAUGUCCGGAUACUCACACCACCAAACAAGUCUGUCUCGCCCACCGCCGUGA